AUGUUAGAUGAAGAUGAGUCAGUAUCACGUGAGUCUCUGGUGAAUGCUGGCUUUUACCACGCGGGCAACGGCCGUCUCCGAUGCGCUUGGUGCGGUGGUGAAUUGGCUCCCUUCAGGUGCUUUGGAUCCCUGGGGCCUCCUCUUGAAGUUCACAGAAUGUACUUUCCCCUUUGCGAGCACGCGGCGUCGUUGGAAGCCGCGCAGAACAACACGAAUAUGUCUCCGCCGUCGUCGCCGACACCAGACCCGCCACGAAGCCAACCUGUCCCGGAAAGCAACGAGGACCAACCCAAUCAGUCUCAGACGUCGGGCGCGGUGCACAACGAGCGGCUGCUGAGCGCGGGCGGCACGUGGCGCUCGCUGGGCGUGGUGAGCGGCGGCGCGCGCCACCCGCACCACGCCGCGCUCGCCGCGCGCCUCGCCAGCUUCCAGCGCUGGCCCGCCGACCGGCACCAGACGCCCCGCGCUCUGGCCGAGGCGGGCUUCUUCCACACCGGCACCGAUGACCAGGUGCGGUGUUUCUACUGCGACGGCGGGCUGGGUAAAUGGGAGGCGGGCGACACGCCGUGGUCGGAGCACGCGUACUGGUUCCCGCACUGCGGGUACGUGUUGCUCGUCAAAGGGCAGGAGUUCAUCGACAACUGCCGGAAUCGAACCUCGGUACAACGAACUUUUUCUGCAGAAAGUGGACUUACUUCAAGACGACGAAAUCCUGGUGUCAAUUUUCCAGUUACUGAAAGUCAGGUGGAGGAAUGUAUGGAGAGUCCAAUAGCGUUGGCUGCACUAGGCGCGGGACUCGACGCCGCUCGGGUGCGGCGGGCUUUAGCAAGGCGAUUACGAGUUUCAGGGCUUCCGUUCCAUUCGUCGGAGGCGUUGAUUGACGCGGUGCUAGACGAACAAUUGAACGAAGAGGCGUGGAAUUGCAUCCCGCAGAGUCAGAGACUCGCGCGAGACAUACUCGCCGAGACACUGCGGGAGUUCGCGCCACGGUCUGGUAUAAUUGCCAACCAAUGGAGCGACAGGCCGGAUAGUGCGAGAUCUCAAUCCGACACGACAUCGAGAUCCCUAUCCCCCGUUGAAAGCGAACCAACGAGGGCACAGAAUGAGAACGAUAGUGCACCUAAUGUGCUUAAUGUACUACCACCAAAUGAAACCAAACCAGUGUCAAGUGAAGAUGUAGAAAGUUCACCCAAAAAGGAACCUAAACAAUUGACUUUGGAGGAAGAAAAUCGACAGUUGAAAGAAGCCCGCCUGUGCAAAGUGUGCAUGGAUAGUGAAGUGAGCGUGGUGUUCCUGCCGUGCGGACACCUGGUGUCGUGCGGGUCGUGCGGCGCGGCGCUGGCGGCGUGCCCGCUGUGCCGCGCGCCCGUGCGCGCCCUCGUGCGCGCCUACCUCGCCUGACCGCGCCGCGCCGCCACACACGGAUAAUGAAACACAACAUUCAACUUACUAUGGUUUUACAUUUGACAAUGACGAUCAUCAUGUUUCCAGAUGCUGCGUGAUUGUGAUUGUAAGUCUAUUGACUUGAAUUUAUCCAGUAAGGAUUAAAAAAAUGAAAAAUAUUGUUAGCUAUAAAAGGCCUAUAAAAAUUAUUGUGAUAAGAGAGGAAAAAUAACUUAUGGUCAAUAUUUUAUUUACCGGCUCGCCCUUUUAGUGUGAUAACUUCCAAAUCUGGUAAAUGAAUAAUGAGUUAAAAUUAUGAAUGCGUUAACUCGACUUAAUUGUUUCUGUAUUUUUUAUUGUAUAGCGACGUUUCUUUAAAACACUAUCCAAACUACGAAAAAACGUUUGGAAGACAUUCUGGCUUUUAGGAUUUAUUUUUUUAUUUUAUUAUUUUUGUAUUCUCAUUUCCGGUUUUUGAUUUGAAUAUGUACUCGUCUACCCAUACGUAAAUUUAUGAUUAUACUGAAAUAUAUUAUUUUUACAAUGGUUACGUAUCAUAUUAUAAAUAAUGUCCUAUAUUUGGAAAUGUUUGUUUUAUAACCUCAGAGGAUAUUUUUUUCAGGUCAGCAAGCUUUAUUCCGUCUUCGGGGGCGUAUCCGUCUCUUUAUUUACGCGCGUUCUAAUCGAAAGACAGUUUUGGUAUAUAUGUAAAAAAGGCGAAAAGACGGAUACGUCCUCCUAGACUAAAUUGUGCGCAUUGACCUUAUUAAAAAAAAACUACAUUGAAACAAUGGAAUAUUAUAUUUCGUAGCUAUUACGAGUAAUCAUUGCAUUUAUUUAUGAAAUAACAACUGAAUUUUACAUAUAAAAUAACAACAAUUUUUUUGAAAAGAAUAUAUCACUACGUAUCACUUGGAAAAGUUUAUGGUCACUAAUCUAUGAAUAUUAAAUUAUAAAUAGUGUAUUUUGUCUAACAUUAAAACGGCUGUACGGAUUUUAAUGUAUUGACUAUUUUAAGAUAAAAAAAA